AUGGUGUCUUUGAAGCUGCAGAAGCGGCUAGCAGCCAGCAUACUCAACUGCGGCAAGGGAAAGGUUUGGAUAGACCCAAACGAGACGAGUGAUAUGUCCAUGGCCAAUUCUAGGAUGAACAUAAGAAGGCUCAUAAAAGAUGGCUUCAUCAUCAAGAGACCUACAAAAGUACACUCACGAUCUCAUGCUCGAGAAGCCAUGGACGCAAAGGGGAAGGGAAGGCACUCUGGACAGGGAAAGCGAAAGGGAACAAGAGAAGCAAGGCUACCAACGAAGGUUGUUUGGAUGAGAAGAAUGAGAGUGUUGAGGCGCUUGCUGCGAAAGUACCGCGAAUUUGACAAGAUUGACAGGCACAUGUACCACGACAUGUACAUGAAAGUGAAAGGCAAUGUGUUCAAGAACAAGCGCGUCCUAGUGGAGAGCAUUCACAAGCUGAAGGCCGACGAAACCAGAAAGAGAACACUAUCUGAUCAGAUAAAGGCCAAGAGACCCAAGAGCCAUGCCAUUAUUUAG